AUGUUUUUAUUAAAAUGUUUAUUUUUCUUUUUUUUAUUAAAUAAUGUAUAUUCUGAUUUUAAUGAAGCUAUUUAUAUAAAAAACUUAAUUGGAAAUGGUGAUUAUUUUAUAGUUAAUGAUCAAUCAAAUACAGGACUUCAGUCAAUUAAACUUAAUUUAGCUAUACAUGAUAAAGAAAUAUGUGGAACAAAUUUAUAUGAUAAUAAAGAGAAUAUUAAAACAGAAAAUUUUGUAAAAUCAAAAUUACAUAUUGAACAAAAAAUUAUGGGAGGUAAAAAAGUAAAAAUAGCUUUUGAACCAUGGUCUGUUCAAAUAUACUAUUUAAAUAAAUUUAUAUGUGGUGGUACACUUGUAGCAAGAAAUUAUAUAAUGUCUGCAGCUCAUUGUAUAGUUGAAAAUUGUCAUUCAUCAAAAGUAAAUAAAAAUGAUAUUCAAAAAUUAGAAGUUCUUAUUAAUUACCCAGGUGAUGAGACUAGUAAUUUUAUUGAUAAAACACUAGAAGGGUUUCACCUUCCUAAUCUACGACGUCGUAUUCGGUCUAUAUUACUACCAUCAUUUUCAGAUAGCGGAAAUAUUCAAUGUCAAGGAGAAAACGAUUUUGCCAUUUUGGAGUUGGAUGAAUAUAUUCCAGAAGGAUAUGGCUAUGCAUGUCUUCCUAUUUUUUAUCCACCUAUGUAUACAAUUUAUUCAUCGAAUUUUUACAUUGUUGGUUAUGGUAGAAAUCCUUACAGAGAAGAAAGAAUGAUGUUUAAUCAAAAUAGCUUUUUUCAAAAUAAUAUUGAAAUUAAUAAUCCUUUUGAAUACAAUGAAAAUAAAAUUCAAAAACUUGAGGUUGGUGUAUUAAUUACCUAUCCUGCCUGUCGCAUAAAAUCUUCAAUUCCUGCUAGCAAAGGAUAUAUUUGUGUAUAUGAUAAAGUUGAUGAAGGAAUUUGUGAUGGUGAUAGUGGUAGUGGUCUAUUUAUAAAACAUAAAGAUAUUGAAUCUUAUCAACAAGAACAAACAAUACUAGUAGGUAUUGUUUCUAAAGCGGCAUCAUGUUUAGUUGGAAAAGAUUGGGUUGCAACUAACUAUCAACUUUAUACUGAUGUUUUUCAACAUAAUAAUAUGUAUAAAAAAUUUUUUAAAAAUGAAUAA